GCUGUGUGACUGAUAGUUAUGAACAAACAGGGUAUUUCGAUGGGCUACGGAUUCGGUCAUCGCGCCCGAGAGAGAAUGCGAGCAACGGAAAGGCCGCCCGAUGAGAUGGUGGGAGAAGAAGAGAUGGCAACGAACACCGCCGGCGGCGCCGGCGUCGUCGAGAGAGAAUGCGAGGGAGGCUUACGGCGCCCAGCAUUGCCAAUUGACAAAUACGAGGAAGAUAUUGUGCGCGCGGUGAAAGCUCAUCCUGUGAUGGUUAUAGUUGGCGAGACGGGGUCGGGCAAGACCACUCAGCUCUCUCAGAUGCUAUAUCGCGCAGGAUGGACCAAGGAAACGGCGGGGGAAGCGGCGGGGGAAGCGGCGGGGGAGGCGGGGAAAUCGAGGGAAGCGGGGGGAACGGGGAAAGCAAUGGCGCCGCCAAGCAGCAAGCAGCAGGGGUGUAGGAGGGUAGUGGGUGUGACUCAACCCCGGCGCGUUGCGGCUGUCUCCGUCUCCCGACGUGUCGCUGAAGAGAUGGGUGUGGAAUUAGGGCAAGAGGUCGGGUACGCCGUUAGAUUCGAGGAGAGGUGCUCCUCGCGGACUGUCAUCAAGUACAUGACUGAUGGGACCCUCCUGAGAGAGUAUCUCUCCGACCCCUCCCUCUCUCAAUACUCUGUCAUCGUGCUCGACGAGGCGCAUGAGAGGAGUCUUAACACCGACCUUCUCUUUGGGUUGCUGAAGCAACUGGUCGUGUCAGCGGUCAGACCUGACCUGCGUCUGGUCAUCACUUCUGCCACGCUGGACGUCGGCAAGUUUUCCCGCUUCUUCAACGGAUGUCCCGUGAUGAGUAUUCCGGGCAACCUGUUUCCCGUGGACGUCCUCUACUCGACCGAUCGCCCCUCCAAUCUCGUGGAAUCGGCGGUGCAGACGAUCUUGGACAUCCAUUGCGAGGAAGGGGAGGGGGACGUUCUGGCAUUUUUCACGGGUCAGGAGGAGAUCGAGAGGGUGGCGUGGAUGCUGGAAAAGAGGAUCCGAGCCAUGAAGGAGGGGGAGUGCGGGGAGGUGGUCAUCCUGCCUCUCUACGCCUCUCUCCCGCCGGCGAUGCAAGCGAGAGUCUUCGUCAAGCCGCCGUCGGGAUCCCGUCGGAUCAUCCUGGCGACGAACGUCGCCGAGACCUCGUUGACCGUGGAUGGAAUCGUCUUCGUGGUCGACCCCGGCCAAGUCAAACAGAAGCAAUAUGAUCCGACGGCGGGAAUGGACUUGUUACGGGUCGUAGCCAUCAGCCAGGUGCAGGCGAAGCAGCGAUCCGGUCGCGCAGGAAGGACCAGACCGGGCAAAUGCUUCCGACUUUAUCAGCGACCGGUCUUCGAGAGGGAGAUGGCGAAAUCGACGGUUCCAGAAAUCCAGAGAACCUCGUUGUCCGGAGUAGUCCUCUGCUUAAAGAGCCUGGACUUGCCUAAUUUGGAUGUCCUGACUUUCGAUUUCCUAGAUAAGCCAUCAAGAGAGUCGGUGGAGGACGCAUUGUAUCAACUCUACGUUGCCGACGCCAUAGACAAAGAGGGGAGAAUCACUCCGUUGGGAAGAAGGAUGGUGCAUCUCCCUCUGGAUGCUUGCCUAGGGAGGACCCUGCUGGCCGCUGAAGAGCUCCACUGCCUCGAGGAGGCGAUAACCGUAGCGGCUAUGCUAUCUUGCGACAAAAUCUUGGUUUCACCGACCACCUCCUCCUCCUCGUCGUCGUGGUCCUCUUCGUCUCUCUCGUCUCUCGGAAGAGAUGGAGAUGGCGAAGAAGACGGGAGGAGGAGGAGGAGGAGGAGGUGGAGGGGGGCGCGCGGAAUGAGUGGACAGGUAAUCGACGAAGAGGAGGGGCGGUGGCUGCAUGUUCAGCAACAGAAGCAGCAGCAGGAUAAGCAGCAGGAUAAGCAGCAGCAGGAGAGUCGGUUUCUGCUGCCUGAUGGAGAGGGAUUUGGAGAUCAUAUCGUGCUUUUGCAGCUGUAUGAAGCUUGGGAGGAGACUGGAUACGAUUUGCAAUGGUGUCGGGACCGAGGCUUACAGAUUAGGGCGCUCAACUUUGCGCGAAAUGUGAGGAGGCAGCUCGUGCACAUGAUGAAGGGAGUAUCGGAAUCUAGUCAUGAUCGGCAGCAGAUACAUGGACUCUCAUCGUCGGCCGCGGACGAGCGAUCUUCUAGUGACGACGAUGGGAGGGAGGUGGAGAGAGUGAAGAAGAAGAGUAGUAGUAGGAGGAGGAGGGAGAAGAGUCUUCAUGAUUCCGGGAGGAGAUAUUAUGGAUUCCAGGAUUUGAGAAAAGCUCUGUGUGUUGGAUUUGCCAGCCGCAUUGCUCGCCGUAUGCCAAGACAUAACGGGUAUAAAACAAUGGCAGGGGAGAGAGGGAAAUCCUCCUCCUCCUCCUCCUCCUCCCAUCUUGUGGAAAUACACCCUUCUUCAACGGCUGCCCUUCGCUUUGAUGAGGACGGACUUCUGCCAGAAUGGAUUAUUUACCAUUCUCUAGUUGCAGUCAAUCGUGCUUUUGUCCGCCAGAUCUGCGUAGUGGAGGAGAGUUGGGUCGCCCCUCUUCUACCCAAACUGAGGGAUGUUGACGUUCAGAGGCUGAGCGGCUUGGGUCCUUGCUCGGGUGAGGGGCAUGACGGGAAGAAUGAUGAUCCUUCGCAGGGACAAGGAAGUGAUGUAGUGGUGGGGAGAAGCCACGAGGAGGAGCAGAAUAACGCUGAGGAGAGAGCAGGAAGAAGAGUCGGGGGGGGGUGUGACAAUAGCGAGAAGAAAGAGCGAAAUUUGUCAAUGAUAGAAGGGGCACGGGAGCGAUACCUAGCAAGAAAACGCGCAAAGCAAUAGGCGUGAGCUGUCUGUUGGUAGGACGGUCAGGAUGGCUUUGCUUCAUGCCUGCCUUGUCC